GUUGAGUGAUGGCAGCUGCACUGACAGCAUGAGGACAUAGCGCAGAGUUCAGUAUGUACUCUCACUGUUUGAGAUAUCAUGAACAAUUUCUUCAGUCCUAAGUAGAAAGUUACCGUUAGCUCAGUUAAAGCUAGCUCAGCUCUGCUGUCUUUGAUUGUUUGUUUACUCGCCGGCUUUUACACACAAGUGCCUGGAGAAAUGCAGAGAAUAAGGUCUUUGAAAACCGGUUGGCAGCUGCUGAAAUCAGGCUGUGAGGGAGCAGCAAAACAAGUAAACACCUCGCCCUCGACCUCGCGAAAUUAUAGCAAUGCCCAGCUCCCACUUCGGGGCUCCGGCUCUUUCGGGCUCCUCUUUGACAUUGAUGGGGUGCUGGUGCGGGGUAGGACGCCCAUCCCUGCAGCCAAGCAGUGCUUCAGGAACCUGGUGGACCGUAAUGGGAAAUACAAGGUGCCUGUGGUGUUUGUCACCAAUGCUGGGAACUGCAUGAGGCAGGCUAAAGCUGAGCAUCUGUCAGAUCUACUCGAUGUGGAGGUGUCUCCAGACCAGGUGAUGCUAUCCCACAGUCCUUUGCGAAUGUUCACCCAGUUCCACAAAAUGCGUGUGCUGGUGUCAGGACAGGGUCCCGUGGAGGAGGUUGCUCACAACCUGGGCUUUCAGGAUGUUGUUACCAUAGAUAUGCUCAGGGAUGCAUAUCCUCUUCUAGAUGUUGUAGAUCACGACAGAAGGCCCAAAGACCGUAUUCCCCCCACCAGAGGGUUACGGCCAAUAGAUGCUGUCAUCUUAUUUGGUGAGCCAAUCAGAUGGGAGACCAACCUCACGCUUAUCAUUGACGUGCUAAUGACAAACGGGAACCCAGACAAUGUUUGGAGUUCGAAGCAGUACCCUCACAUCCCAGUCCUGGCCUGUAACAUGGACCUGCUGUGGAUGGCCGAGGCGAAGAAUCCCAGGUUUGGUCACGGUAUGUUCCUGGUGUGCUUAGAGAGCUUGUACAAGAAGGUCACAGGAUUUGAUCUGAAGUAUGAGGCUCUGAUCGGUAAACCCAGUGUGGUGACUUAUAACUACGCUGAGCUGCUGAUUAGAGAGCAGGCUAAGAGACUUGGCUGGCCCACACCUGUGGAGAGGCUGUACGCUAUAGGUGAUAACCCCAUGGCUGACAUAUACGGCGCCAACCUCUACAACCACUACCUUCAGGCUUCUCAGUGCACUAAGGCCCAGAGGCAGGCUAAGAGUGGUGGACGAGGCGUAGGUCCCUUGGCAGAAACAGUUGACAACGCCCCAAAAAUGACAUCAGCAGAACUAGGCGGAGCAUCAGGUGUGUACGGGUCGGAGGAGGACCUCCCCGGGGGCUGCAGCUCCAUACUGGUGUGCACAGGAGUGUACAGCAGAGACCAGCAGGAGCUGCCCUCGGACCCAGCGCACACUGUCACGGAGCAGCGCAUCUUCCACGGUCACAGGGACUUCCGCUUCGACCCCAGCCUCACGCAGCCGUCCUUCUUGGUGGAGGAUGUGAAGGAGGCGGUGGAGCUGGUGUUUCAGCAGGAAGGCUGGCCUCUGGAGUAGGAUGAGUGGCUUCAUCAUCAACAGCCAUCCAGUAACAACAACCCUUAACUGGUAGUAGCAGAAGCUUUAAGAGUUUUCUUAUUUAAUUUUUUACAAAUCUAUGCCCCUGAUUAUCACAGGGUAGAUGAAGCUCUUUCAGUGGCUUGUUCUGAGAUUUUCAUAAAGUGCCAUAGAAUCAGCUGCAAAGAGCUACAAUAUGCAUCCAUUUUAAAUUGGUCAUAUUUAGUAGGGUGUCAGACUGCGGCAGUAUGUUUUUUAAAAGCACAACACACACACACACAUCUGUUUCUAAUGGCCCUACUUACAUGUACUUACUUACAUGUCAGGGGUUUAAUUUAUCAAGUGCAACAUGUGUCCUUUCCUGCCUUUUGUACGACACAAUCAAUAUCAACUUCUUUUUUUUGUGUUGAGUUACAUGCAUUUUUACUACAUCCAGACUUUUAUAGAGUAUCUGUAAGUUCAUGGAUGAUAGUACAAACAUAGUUGCACCUUAAACUGGAUCCAGAAAGAGCUCUAUAAGAACAUAUAGUCUACCUAACUGGAUCAUCUUGCUUUUUGCUGAGACCCGUUUUGCUAUGUGUUUAUACUGCUAUCAUAUUACAGCUUGAUUUGUUUUUAAGAUCGGUUGAAUGCAUCACCACUAAUGUUGAGGAGCUUAAGUUGCCAGGAUAUAGUUUAGUAUUCAGUUUUGAUUUUACGGUAGUAAAAUGACUGAGUACUGUAAUUCUAUUUUAGUAUUAUUUUGUGAAAUUCUAUAAUUAUACUAGUUUCCAGAGAAAUAAAAAAAGUACUAUUUAUCUGUCAAAUGUUUAAAGUAAUGAAAAUAUUAUGAAUGGUUAAUAUGAAUAAAAUAUGUUUGUUGGAGAAUAAA